UGUUCCUGUUUCUAUCUCUCUCUCUUUCUCUCUAUCUUUCAAACCCUAACUUCCAGGCGCCCAGUUAGAUUUGACUCGAAACCAGUUGGAACGAAACGCAGGCGUUGUGGUCUUCUCUUCUCUUCUUUCUGCUUCUCAGAUUAUGCGUUACGCCUUCCGGCACCAAUAACCCUCUGGAAAGCUUCGAAUUAUUAGUCCGGUUUAAUGAUGGCAUCCCGCAACCAGAAUCGGGCUCCUCGAAGUCCCUCUACUAAAAAGGAAGCCGUCGAUGAAGCUCCAUAUGACAAGCGGAGGAGACUUGCGGCAUCAAGAACCGGGGGUGCACAGCCUGGAAAUAGCACCAGGAGGCUGCCGUUUUCAUCAGUCAACAAUCGACAAGAUGCUUCUGCUGCUGCGGAUGUUAAUAGCGUUGAGGGAUCAGAUAGUGGAAGUGUUGAAUUCACUAAAGAUGAAGUUGAGGCCCUGCUAAAUGAGAAGUUGAAAUCAAGCAAGUUUGAUAUCAAGAAGAGAUUGGAACAAUUGAUGGAUCACAAUAAGAGACUCAAAAUAUGCAUCAAAUGGUUUCAACGAACUGAGGAGAACAGCCUUGUUGAGCAGGAAAAGCUCCGAAAUGCAUUGGAAUGUAGUGAAAAAAAGUGCAAUGAUACUGAGGUGGAGAUGAAAACAAAAAUAGAGGAGCUAGAUGCAAUUAAUUCCGAGUUGCGGAAAACGAUUGCCACACUUGAAGAGAAAUUGGCCAAAGAAGAAUCAGAUAAGUUGGAUGCAAUUAAUCUUCAUAGAAGAGAAAAAGAGGCAAGGGAUGCUGCUGAAAAAUUGCAUGCCUCUGUCUCAACUGAGCUUGAAAAAGCAAAGCAAGAGAAAUUAAUAGCCGAUCAGAGGGUCUCCACAAGUGAGGAUCUGUACAAUAGGGCCCAAGAGUAUAAUAAGAGUCUACAGCAGUACAACAGCAAGCUUCAAACCGAUCUUGAAACAACCAGUGAGUCUCUUAAACGAGUAGAAAUGGAGAAACUGACUAUUGUGGAAAAUCUUGGCACUUUAAGGGGUCACAAUAAAGCAUUGCAAGAUCAGUUAACUUCAAUUACGGCUUCCCGAGAUGACGCUAUAAAACAGAAAGAAUUGUUGGUUAACGAACUUAAAUGCAUACGGGUGGAACUACAACAGGUGAGAGAUGAUCGUGAUCGCCAAGUGAAACAAGUGCAGGCGUUGAUUGCUGAAGCAGAGAAAUAUAAAGAAUUUUCUGGGAAGUCAGUUGCAGAGCUAGAUAACUUGACAUUUAGGACAAAUGCAUUGGAGGAUACUUGUUCAUCACAGCGGGAGCGUAUACGCACGCUUGAGCAUCAGCUAGCUGCUGCCAAUGAGAAAUUAAAGAUGGCGGACUUAUCUACUUCAGCAACAAGGACAGAAGUUGAAGAGCAGAAGAAACUUGUGCAGGAAUUACAAGAUCGCCUGGCAGAGACAGAGAUCAAAAUUGUUGAAGGAGAGAAUCUGAGGAAGAAGCUGCACAACACCAUUCUGGAGUUAAAAGGAAAUAUUCGAGUAUUUUGUAGAGUACGACCUUUGUUGCCAGAUGAUGGUGUUGGAACAGAAAAUGCUGUUGUUUCAUAUCCUACUUCAACUGAAGCUCUUGGUCGGGGUAUUGACGUAUUACAAAGUGGACAGAAGUAUCCUUUUACUUUUGACAAAGUGUUUAGUCACGAAGCAUCUCAACAAGAUGUUUUUGUAGAGAUAUCACAGCUGGUGCAGAGUGCACUUGAUGGCUAUAAGGUUUGCAUAUUUGCUUACGGUCAGACGGGUUCUGGUAAAACAUAUACCAUGAUGGGUAGGCCAGAAGCACCAGAACAGAAGGGGCUGAUACCGCGUUCCCUUGAACAGAUAUUCCAAAUCAGUCAGUCUCUCAAGUCCCAGGGCUGGAAAUACAAGAUGCAGGUUUCAAUGCUAGAAAUAUACAAUGAGACAAUUCGUGAUUUGUUAUCAUCAAACCGGUCAAGUAAUGCAGACCUAACGCGGACCGAUAGUGGUACUCUUGGAAAGCAGUAUACAAUUAAACAUGAUGCAAAUGGGAAUACAUAUGUUUCAGAUCUCACUAUUGUCGAUGUAUGUAGCAUAAAAGAGAUUUCAUCUCUUCUACAACAGGCAGCACAGAGCAGAUCUGUUGGCAAGACCCAAAUGAAUGAGCAAUCAUCCAGAAGCCAUUUUGUGUUCACAUUGCGUAUUUCUGGUGUAAAUGAGGGUACUGAACAACAAGUUCAAGGUGUCUUAAACCUUAUUGAUCUGGCCGGAAGUGAACGGCUUUCUAAGAGUGGUGCAACUGGAGACCGAUUAAAGGAAACUCAGGCUAUCAAUAAAAGUUUGUCAAGUUUGAGUGAUGUUAUAUUCUCUUUGGCCAAAAAGGAAGACCACGUUCCUUUCAGGAAUUCUAAGCUAACAUAUCUUCUUCAGCCUUGUUUGGGAGGUGAUUCCAAGACCUUGAUGUUUGUCAAUUUAUCACCGGACCCUUCUUCGGUUGGCGAGUCACUCUGUUCUCUAAGAUUUGCAGCCAGGGUCAAUGCCUGUGAAAUUGGCAUUCCUCGACGACAAACAAACAUGCGAAUCACAGACUCUCGCUUGAGCUGUGGCUAAAAUCGUCUAACAAAUUUUUAUUUGUGUCUGGUCAUGUCAUGGUUUAUGUGUGUAAAAUGGGAGUAAUGAUUGGGUUUUGUAUCCAUUGUUUGUAGAUUUUUCUGACUCAAGCUGCUAAUUUGUACGUGUAGAAAAUUAUAUUUGAGAUCAGUAUAAAUUUAUUGUUUCCAGUGAGUGUGACGAACAUUGAAUUUCAUAAUCCAUAUGAAACUCCGUCACUGGAUGUGUUCUUUCAUAGCUUAUGAACAGUCUUACUAGGCAUAUCAAUGUAACAGCCCAUGACCUACAUGCUAUUAUGCUUAUAUAUGGCCCUUAUUUUUUUUUUACACAAAA